GUGUGGCUUUCUCUUGUCAUUUUAUCUCAACUCCUCGUUUGAACGUGCUGUCUGGAUUGGACGGGCAAGAAUACGCCCGCAUUAUCUGCAAGUUGGAGGCUGGCAAGGGUCCAGUCUGCAGACAUCAUGAUUGGAAUUUCUUUCUUUUGAGUCAUUCGAUGCUUGGAGACUCCAGGCUUUCUCCAUGGGCUAAAGCUCAGGGUGGCUUGUUGCGAUAACAAAAAUGAUAGCGAGCUUGGUCGAUUCGAUGCCUCGAUCAUCUGGGUAUUUUCCACCCUCUUCCCCUCCUCUUUGAUCACUUUGUUUCUCAAAUUUUGUAUUUUCAUCGUGCAUUACUUGUCCUAGGGAAGGAAUUCUCCAUUUAUCGUAUCAUGGCCGCAAUAGACGACAAAGAUGUUGAGAUGACCGGCUAUGGUGUGGUGGAGCUGAAUGGUGAGGUCUCAAGCGGCGAUAGCAGAGAUGGUGGAAACAGAGAUGAUCAAGAAAUGGCAUACUAUGGCAAGAAGCAACAACUCAAAAGAAAUUUUGGGUUCUUAUCCAUCGCUGGAUUUGUUUGCAGUUUAUUGUCUACAUGGGAGGGCAUGUUUGCUGUCUUCCUUUUUGGCUUUCAAAAUGGAGGUCCGGCUGGUCUGGUUUAUGGUUAUAUUUUCUGCUGGAUUGGAACAUUGGCAACCGUAGCCUCAUUAGCAGAAAUGGCUUCAAUGAUGCCACUAUCAGGUGGUCAAUAUCAUUGGGUUUCAAUUCUAGCCCCAGCUAGAUGGGCAAAAUUCCUCAGUUAUAUAACAGGAUGGCUCACUGUCAUCGGUUGGCAAGCCGGCCAAGCCAGCGUAGCAUUCAUUGCAGCCUCAAUGAUCCAAGGAAUUGCUAUUCAGAAUUAUCCUAACUACGUGCCCACCAGAUGGCAAGGAACGCUUAUCUUUUACGCCGUAAUAGCUUUUAUUGUCUUUAUCAACACAUUCCUAGCUCGCUGGCUCCCUAAAAUCGAAGGACUGAUUCUCUGCCUCCACAUCAUGGGGUUCUUCGGUAUCUUGAUCCCGCUGGUAUACUUGGCUCCGCAUGGAACUGCUUCAGAUGUGUUUGCGACCUUCAUUAACGGUGGAGGCUGGGCGACCGAUGGUACUUCGUUCUUUGUAGGACUUAUUACUAGUGUUUUCUCUUUCCUCGGAGCAGAUUCUGCUUGCCAUAUGUCCGAAGAAAUCCACAAUGCCUCAACAGUCGUACCGAGGGUAAUGCUAACCUCCAUAAUGCUCAACGGAGUAAUGGGCUUCGCACUUUUAAUUACCCUCCUUUUCUGCCUGGGCGACGUCAACUCAGCUCUUCAAAGUCCCACUGGCUUCCCAUUCAUCGAAGUCUUCGUCCAAGCCACGAACAGUAACGGAGGAGCAACUGCCAUGACUGCCAUAAUCAUUGUUCUCAUGGGCGCAGCGGCGAUUGGAAUCAUGGCCACAGCGUCUAGACUCUUGUGGUCUUUUGCAAGAGACAACGGUGUGCCGGGUAGUAAAUAUAUUAGCAGGGUCCACACCGGCACCGCCCUCCCCCUCUACUCCAUCCUCGUCUCAACCAUAAUCUCCCUUCUCCUCGCCCUCAUAAACAUCGGAUCCACGGCAGCCUUCAACGCAAUAAUGUCCGUCAACGUAGCAGCCUUCUUCGUCUCCUACAUAAUACCCAUCUCCCUCCUCUUGCACAAACGUCUAAGAAAGGAUCCCGUCAAAGACAAUAUCCACUGGGGACCAUGGCACAUGGGCUCCGUCCUCGGCCCCAUCGUCAACAUAACCGGCCUAAUCUACACCCUCAUAACCCUCUUCUUCAGUUUCUGGCCCUCGACCGCCGUCGUGACGCCCGUGACCAUGAACUGGAGCUGUCUGCUCUUCGGCGGGUCAUUGAUUUUCAGUGUGGUGUUCUAUAUGGUGUGGGGGAAACAUAGUUAUAAAUGGCCGAUUGUGGAUCCGGGGCGGAGGAGUCUGUGAAUAGAGAAGGGGAGCAGGAGGGGGGGCUGAGUAGAUAGAUAGAUG